AUGGGAGGUUACAUCACCCCGGAACAGCAGACGGCAAUUAACAACAGGACACAUAUGGACGUAACAUUUGUGGGUGAGGGCCCUACCGUGCACAACACCCAGCCCAGCGCACCUUCCAUUGUGAUCCCUGCCUACUACGACCUCAACCCCGGCAGCAGAGGCAGCUCAUAUAGUUCAAGAUCGGCGAGCCCUUCUUUGUACGAGUAUGAGGACGAUCCUAUCCGUGCACCUUGCGACGAUUCCUUCGAGCCUACUCACAUAAUAGAGGACGUCACGCAAGUUGUUCGCGAGGUACAAUACGUUCGCGAGGGGCCAAACGUCUUAAGUCAAAGCAUCUUUGACUUGAGUCAAAGCAUCUUUCUCCCACCCGCCCCCAUAAUCCCAGGCAUUCCAGCUGAUGUCACCCUCCCACGACCAAUUAUUAGGGGAGGCCCUGGCUUCUUCAACUCCUCCUCAAGACUCCCCGACCGCGCACACAACAACUUUACCGAAUAUUUCGACAACAUUCGGACGACGAGCGCACUCAUGGACAUGUACUACGAGGACACCCAGGUCAUCAGCGAUGACCUUAACCACGCGUUGGAGUCGAGUAUUAUCCCUCCUGAAACCCUACCCACGCCCAGGGUUCGGACCGAUGCGCAAAGGGCUGACAGACGGGCUUACAGACGGGAUCGCAGAACCAGACGCAAGGAACGCAGGCGAGCUGCACGCAUGGCUGCUGCUCUGGCUACCCAGGAUGCCUGA